CCGGGAGGAAGAGGAGGAGCCAGGGCCCCAGGGCUCCCGCACUGCUCACUCCCGCGCGGCGCCGGCCCCGCAGUCUUCUCCUGGUUCAGCGUUCCCGCUCAUAGACAACUCCCCUGGUGCAGACAUGGCCUCGGGCGCCGCCUGCGCGCCGGUGAAGAUUGGAAUAAUUGGUGGAACAGGCUUGGAUGAUCCAGAAAUUUUAGAAGGAAGGACUGAAAAAUAUGUGGAUACUCCUUUUGGCAAGCCAUCCGACGCCUUAAUUUUGGGGAAGAUAAAGAACGUUGAUUGUGUACUUCUUGCAAGACAUGGGAGACAGCAUACCAUCAUGCCCUCGAAAGUCAACUACCAGGCCAACAUCUGGGCUUUGAAGGAAGAGGGUUGUACACAUGUCAUAGUGACCACAGCUUGCGGGUCCUUGAGAGAGGAGAUCCAGCCUGGUGACAUGGUCAUCAUCGAUCAGUUCAUUGACAGGACAUCCCUGAGGCCUCAGACCUUCUAUGAUGGAAGUCACGGCAACGCCAGAGGAGUGUGCCAUAUCCCAAUGGCUGAACCUUUUUGCCCCAAAACAAGAGAGGUCCUCAUAGAAACAGCUAAGAAGCUUGGUCUUCGAUGCCAUUCAAAGGGGACAAUGGUCACAAUUGAGGGGCCUCGUUUCAGCUCUCGGGCAGAAAGUUUUGUAUUCCGUACUUGGGGUGCGGAUGUUAUCAAUAUGACUACGGUUCCAGAGGUGGUGCUUGCUAAGGAGGCUGGAAUUUGCUAUGCAAGCAUUGCCAUGGCAACCGAUUAUGAUUGUUGGAAGGAGCAUGAAGAAGCGGUGUCAGUGGAUGGGGUUUUAAAGACCAUGAAAGAAAAUGCCAACAAAGCCAAAAGCUUACUGCUUACUACCAUUCCACAGAUAGGGUCGAUGGAGUGGUCAGAAACGCUCCGAAAUCUGAAGAACAUGGUCCAGUGUUCUGUUUUACCACCAAGACAUUGAAACAGCGUGGCUACCACGAGGAGACUUACUGCCUCUAGUCUUUGGGAAAUUUUGCUUAAACAAAAAAAUGGGAAAGCUAUGUGGCCUUCGUUCCUUCUCUGGGAAAGAAGAGCAUGUGGUAAGAAAGAGACAGUGCGCUCACUCCACGGAGAUACAGAUUCCUCCGGAACCUGGAAGGAAAACAACAGCCUGCAGAAACGUAAGGGAACACAGCCAAAAACCUUGUCAAUCAUUUCUCCUACUACACUGGCAACAAUGAAGACUGGUGAGAAUGUCCGUUUCCCUACACUGCUAAUGACUGUGAGCUUCAAAUGAGACUGUAUGGUUGUAAAUUGCACCAUCCUUCUGGGCUUAAAAAUACUGAAUGCACUUUGGUACGCUAGGAGUUUCUCUUUAAGAAGUCAUGGGAGAUUCAUUCAAAGAAUCAUGUAAAGAAGGCAAAAUAUUCUAAACAAUGUGGAAAAAUUAGAUGUACCAUGUUAUGAAGCAGUCAAGUAGAAAUCAUAUUUUCUCACAAAGAAAUGGUCACUUCAUACUGUGAAAUGAGGGGAAAAGGUAUAAGUAUCUAUGAUACUGUUUUUUUGUUUUAAAUGGUGCGUAAGUGUACAGAAAAAGACUAGAAGGGAAUAUAUAUAUAUAGUCCUGCUACUUUAUUUGUGAAGAGAUGCUGGGUAAUUCUUACUUUCUUUUGAUCUUUUUCUCUACUUUUUUAAAAGUGAGUAUAAUCAAAUAAUAAAGUUGUAACACUUAAAAUGGACUUAGAGAAAUCAAACUCUUGAAACUCUUGGUGGGGAAACAAAGAUGGCGUUAUAAAAGAAGCGCCAUGUGAUACAGGAUCUACAAUCCAGAUAGCACGCACACCCCUACAUGCCUGCACUCAAAAAAAUACAAACAGAUGGGCUGGAGAGGUGGCUCAGAGGUUAAGAGGACUGCUCUUCCAGAGAUCCUGAGUUCAAAUCCCGCAACCACAUGGUGGCUCACAACCAUCUGUAAUGAGAUCUGAUGCCCUCUCCAUGCAGGCAUACAUGGAGGCUGAACAGUGUAUAUAAUAAAUAAAUCUUUAAAAAAAUACAAAUAGACAAAAAAAAAAACAAAAACGAGCUAUGUGAGAAACAUAGAUCUUUAAGAUCACCACACAGAUGCAAGCAACCACUUGGGACUGACAGAGGCUUGGUGUUCACUGCUGCGGUGUGUCAAAGGCAAACUGCUUCAAGGAUUAUUAGUGUGCCUCAUUCCCAUAUAUCAGAUAAUUUUUACACUACCAUUUCUUUCUAUUCCGUUUUAAGAGUUGGCCCAUUCUCAGUUGGCAGUGUUUAAUUUGAAAACAAGAAAGGAAGGAAGGAACCGGAAGCCUAGGGUUUUGUCAUAGGAUACUUUUUGUUGCUUCCAUGGGCUUCCAAGAGGUGCCCUGCAGCUCUUGUAAAGUAAGUGAGCUCGUGUCUGAAGCUGACUUCAGGAAAGUAAGCAACUGAUUGUAAGGAUAAACAAACCAGUUGCACCAGCCGUCAUGUUGAGCUCCUCAUAAGUGCCAUUGUAACUUUGGGCCCAUGUUGUGGAGCUUCUGCUCUGGUUAUUAACAAUGUGUAGAGACUUCGCGGGUCCUGACCGGGCUCUUGGUAGUUUUUACUUCCCUGGGGUGUGCCCAGUUCAUUCCUCCACUCUUAGGAGUCUGAGAGUGUAGUUAGGAAGUGGGCGUUUGUCUUGUCGCCUUUGGAGAAUGCAGUUCUCUCCAGUGUGGAAGAAUGCUUUUCUUCAGUGGCGUUUCCCAGCAUCAUCAUAAGCAGGCUUCUUCUUCCUGAAUCCUUCACUGCGAAUGGAAUUGCAUAUAAACUUACACAAACCACCUUCUUAACUCUUUAAGUGUUGCUGAAAGUACAUUUGUAUUGUCUUUUCCUUCGGGUGUAUUCAGUACAAAACAAUGGGUUUUAUUCUGUCAUUUUUAUAUACAAAUCAUAUACAUCAUCAUUUAUCCUACAUUAUAUUCUCAAGUGCUUCCCCCAAUCCUCCCAAAUAAUGCUCCCCAUACUUUAAUGUCAUCUAAUCUAUAUUCUGUAUAUGAGAGAAAUGUGUUUGCGUUUCUAAGUCUGUCUUAGCAUGAUGCUCUCCAGCUCCAUCCAUUUUCCUACAGGUGAGAUAAUUCUUCACUUUUUUCUGACUAAAUAAAAUCCCGUUGUGUAUACAUACCAAUUUCUUUAUCCAUUCAUUGUUGAUGGCACGUGUAGGCUGAUUCCUUAUUUUGGCCGUUCUGAAUAGUCUUUCAAUAAACAUGUGUUUGCAGACUUCUCAAAUGA